CAAAGAAAAGAAAGAGAAAAUUAAAAAGUCAGUCAAUUUUCUCCUUCACAUCGUUUUUCCCUCUUCCCGGAAAUAACGACGAACUCGUCGGAAAAUGAAUAUUCCGGCGACUUAUUCUUUUCUUCGCAAAUGCAAUGCUUGUGUUUCUGUUCAUUACAGUCACGUUUUCCAUGAAAAGUCUUCACCAAAAGCACACUCAUUCGUUUCUUUUGCUCACCUCUGAAGAGAGUUAAGGUAUCUAAAGUUCGAUCGGUUUUAGUUUUUCCUUUCUUUUUGAGUAAAACUACAUAUGAACGCUUUGAUUGAUUCGAUGAGAUAUAUAUGUGACGAAACGGUGAUGAUGUGCAACUGUUUUUGGUAAAGGAAGUUGAGACGGUGAUGAACUUGAUACCUAAUUGAUUUAGGUGAAUUUUGAUAUUGAUUUUCUUGUAUUUGUGAGUUUUUUCUUCGUGAUUUUUCUGCGAAAAAAGCGAAGUUGUCUGUAAGGAUUUAGGUUGCUUUUAAUUGAGUGGUUUUAGAAACAGAACUCUGAAUUUUUUUUGACAUCAUCACGCAAAGCGAGUAGUCUUUAAAGCUCUGAAAUUGAGCAGAACUGAUACAGUAUUAUUAGGCUUACAGAGAGAGAUAGACUGUGUGCACCGUUUUGGUUGUGAUAGAGGAUGCCUCAGAUGAAAAUUCAGCCAAUCGAUUCUCCCACAUACAGAGAAUCGAUCCAAAACGACACCGCUAAGCCUGUGGUGAAGUCGCGAUUCAAACGGUUUUUUGAUCGACCGUUCCCCAGUGUCUUACGGAUUUCGUCGGCGACAGAGAAGCCGAAUGCCGCCGGCGCCGGUAAUGAAUUGCCUUAUGGAAAAGAUGGAGCAGUCACUGAGUUCGAGCCUAGCUCAGUUUGUUUGGCUAAGAUGGUUCAGAAUUUCAUCGAGGAGAACAAUGAAAAGCCAUCGGCUGCUAAAUGUGGUCGGAAUCGUUGCAAUUGCUUCAACGGAAACAACAAUGAUAGCUCUGAUGACGAGUUUGAUUUUGCUGACUCAGUUACAAACUCUUCCUUUGGUGAUUCCUCAGAUGCUCUUAAGAGCUUAAUUCCGUGUGCAACUGUUGUUGAGAGAAAUCUGUUAGCUGAUACCUCAAAAAUUGUUGAGAAAAACAAAGCUUGUAAGCGUAAAAACGAUUUGAGAAAAAUCGUCACCGAUGAACUCUCGAAACUUGGCUACAAUUCUUCCAUCUGCAAAUCCAAAUGGGAAAAGGCUCCUUCUAUACCUGCAGGUGAAUAUGAGUAUAUUGAUGUGAUUGUGGAAGGGGAAAGAGUGUUGAUUGAUGUAGAUUUCCGAUCGGAGUUUGAGGUUGCCCGAUCGACUAGUAGUUACAAGGCGGUUCUUCAAUUGCUGCCGUUUAUCUUCGUCGGCAAAUCCGAUCGGCUUCUGCAAAUAGUGUCUAUCGCCUCUGAAGCGGCUCGGCAGAGUUUGAAGAAGAAAGGCAUGCACAUCGCUCCAUGGCGUAACGCCGAGUAUAUCAAAGCUAAAUGGCUUAGCCCACACACUCGAACCACUCUGCCUGCUACAACACCGACUGAUACCGCUGAUAAAACGGCAACUGUAACCGACGCCGUAACUGAACCCGAAGCUAAAGCGAAAGCUGAGAGUGAGGUCAAGGAGGAGGUAGCUGAAGAAGUCGAGAGUAAAGAAAUAUCUGAUUCUGAAUUUGGAGAAUUAGAGCUGAUUUUUGGUGAGAAAUCGUCAUACGAGACCAAAUCGUUGACGUUGCUUUCGUCUCCGCCGCCGGGGAAUUUUUCCGGCAGCGAGGAAGAGAAGCCGGUACAGCCGGUAAUGAUGACAUGGGAACCUCCCGCAUUGAAGCCCAAGAAUUGCGAAAGAGGAAACAAAGUCGUCGUUCCCGGAUUGGCUUCCCUUCUCAGGGAAAAGCCCUAAAAAUUUUGUUUUCUUUUUCUAACUUUUUUUAUGAAAAAAAAAAUCUAGUAGUACAAAAUAUAAACAUAUAGUGAAGGAUCGGAGUUUCAGAUAUAUAGAUCGGAAACCCUUUUUUCCUUUGUUCCGUUCUCCGUUGCCUUUCCUUUUUAAUUUUGUCUCGCAAGGGGUCUGUAAUAAGAAUCUAGAACGACCUUGCUGUAAUAAUUUCGAAAAUGCAAAAAAAAACAAGAAAAAAGAGAAUCAAAUUAUUAUUACUACUA